GGCUAACCUCGCUGCCCGUCACGGGAAUGCGAGAGGGGGCGGGGCCGGAGCGCUCGCGUCUGCGCGGAGUCCGGCUAGCAGCGCGCGGGAAGCCGCGGAACUGCGCCGGAAAGUCCCCAGGCUGUGGGGCCCCGGUGACCCAGAGUAAGCCUCCAAGAAGGAAGAGGAGGGAAGAAAGGCGGCUCUUCCCGUGCCCCUACCCGAGGCCUCGGUGGGCCCACCCUGUGACCUCCGCGGCCGGCCCCUCGGUGGAGCUGCGGCCCGCGCGGGGGGCAUCCCGACCGUGGGCGCCGCGGCCCGCGCUGACCCUGGACGUCGCCGCGCAGUCCCUGAUUCCCCAAGGCAGAGGAAAUACCCUGGUGGAGCCCUUCUUCCAUAGAACCAGAAAUGGCAUCUGUGGAUUUCAAGACCUACGUGGAUCAGGCCUGCAGAGCUGCUGAGGAGUUUGUCAACGUCUACUACACCACCAUGGAUAAGCGGCGGCGUUUGCUCUCCCGCCUAUACAUGGGCACAGCCACCCUGGUCUGGAAUGGCAAUGCUGUUUCAGGACAAGAAUCCUUGAGUGAGUUUUUUGAAAUGCUGCCUUCCAGCGAGUUCCAAAUCAGUGUGGUAGACUGCCAGCCUGUACAUGAUGAAGCCACACCGAGCCAGACCACAGUCCUUGUUGUGAUCUGUGGAUCAGUGAAGUUUGAGGGGAACAAACAACGGGACUUCAACCAGAACUUCAUCCUGACCGCCCAGGCCUCACCCAGCAACACAGUGUGGAAGAUCGCAAGUGACUGCUUCCGCUUCCAGGAUUGGGCCAGCUAGUGGGGGUGGCAGAGGUCUCUGCUUCAUUCAGCCCUAGCUCUGUAGAGAAAUGCAAACCUCAACUCUCAAGGAUAUGAGGAACACAAGUUCAUUUCUGUUGUUGCGGAGACACUGCAGACUCCACUGUGCUGAGGUUGAACUCUUUUUUUGUUGCUCAAGUUCUAGGAGUCCCUUUCCUGAAUAUAUACUUGUUUGUGAUAGUUUCCUUUUCAAAGUAGUAAACUUUUCUAUUUUUCUACUUGCCCAGUAGAGACUCUGAUUCUGGAAAUUCUGACAAAUAAUUUAAUAAUACACAUGUUGCUUCUUUCCC